AUGAACCGCCUCUUCGGCUCCAAACCCACGGGCCCCAAACCCACCCUCAACGGCGCCAUAACCAACCUCGACACCCGCAUAUCCUCCCUCGACACCAAACUCAAAGCCCUCAACGCCGAGCUCGGCGCCUACCAAGAAAAGCUGUCCCGCAUGCGUGAAGGCCCCGGCAAGCAGGCGAUGAAGCAAAAGGCCCUCAAGGUGCUGCAGCGCCGCAAGGCGUACGAGGCGGAGAAGGACAAGCUCGAGAGCCAGGUGUGGAACAUGGAGCAGGCGAGCAACAUGCAGGACAACCUCAAGAACGUGAUGACGCAGGUGGAUGCGAUGAAGACGACGAAUAAAGAGCUGAAGAAGCAGUACGGCAAGAUCGACAUCGACAAGAUUGAGAGGUUGCAGGAUGAGAUGGCGGAUCUGAUGGAUGUGGGUAAUGAGAUUCAGGAGAGUUUGGCGAGGAGUUAUGAUAUCCCUGAGGACGUGGAGGAGGAUGAGCUGGAUGCUGAGUUGGAGGCGUUGGGGAUGGAGGUUGAGAUGGAGCAUGAGAUGGGUGGUGCUGUGCCGGGUUUCUUGCAGGAUGAGGUCGUGCCAGAGUUUGUGGACGAGCCUCCUCAGACUGAGGACAAGGUGAAGCAGGUUGCUGGUUAA